CAAUACAUAAUUUGGCUACGUGCACACUAAAACAUGUUGUUUCAUUAAAUUUACUAUCCGAAAAUGUUUACUGGUUAGAAAUAUUUCGUGGCUGUGUUAGUAACAUUUUCUAUUCUCGUCUGCUGUACCGUUUCUGUGGGAGAGGGAAUCCCUAGCUAAACGUCAUUACCAAGGAUACCAAACAAAAACAUAACCCCAUAAAUGGGCACGUACGUCAGCGGAACUCCGAGGCGGGACUUCGUGUCCUUUACAAUGCUUCGCUCGUACUCCAUGGAUUCAUUCAUAAGACAAGACUCGCUUCUGUGGGCCGAGACUCUAUAUCGCUGAUCAGUUUAUCCAUAGUGGACUUUUACAUGGAUCUAUAAUUGCACAUUGGAAAAACGGACAAAUGACAUAUUUUAGGGGACUCUGAAUUGGAUCAAUGAGUUUUUAAAAUCCGGAACGUAAGGACUGUUUCCAUUGCAGCGAACUGGAUUUUCUUCUUCAUGCAACUUUUUUGGAAAGAUACCAAGAGCAUCUUACCGGAGCACAAUAAGGAACACAUUAACGGUGACGUCACACUCAUUCCGGGAACUAUAGGUUUUUCACUCGGCUCCUCCGGGGUAAUGUUCCAAGGGUUCCCCGGUGACUUUGAUACCUUCUCCCGUGGAAGUUCGUCCCCGUCUAUUGAGUCUCAGUACCUUUCCUCCGUGGACUCCUUCGGGAGCCCGCCGGCCAGUGCCUCACAGGAUUGUGUGUCUGCUGGAGGCGGGGACGGGGUAGGCAGUGGUUCUGGGGGCAGCAGUGGAGGAGUGGAUAUGCCAGGCUCCUUUGUGCCCACAGUCACAGCCAUCACUAGCAGCCAGGACCUGCAGUGGAUGGUGCAGCCAACUCUCAUCUCGUCCCAGGCCUCUGGCCAAAGUGGGACCCAGUCUGUGUCCCUGGUAGACCCUUAUGAUCUGCCAGGGCCCAGUUAUUCCUCUGGCUCAGGUUUUACUCCCACAGGCUCUGAGACCCCGGGGCAAGGCCCAGCCCCGGGCCCCAUCCGCCAGUCUAGGACCCGUAGUCGCCGUGUACGAGACGAGUCUGUGAGUGACGAUGGAGAUGUUGGUGUGUUUUUGACUCCAGAGGAGCAGGAGAAGAGGCGUGUUCGGCGCGAGAGGAACAAGCUGGCAGCCGCCAAAUGCCGAAACCGCCGGCGCGAACUCACUGACCGACUGCAAGGGGAGACCGACAUCCUGGAGGAGGAGAAGUCUGAGCUGGAGGCUGAGAUCUCUGAGCUGCAGAAGGAGAAGGAGCGCCUGGAGUUUGUCCUGGUGGCUCACGAGCCCAGCUGCAAGAUCCCCUACCAGGAGCAGCAGGCCUCAGGCUCCACACAGCUCCAGCAUCAGCCCCUACUGCCCCAACAGGCCCCCGUCUCCAUCGUGGGCUUGACUGUGGAGGACACUUUCUACCUGCCUCCCGCCUACACCUCGCAGCCUUCUACUUCGCAGCAUCAGCAGCAGCGACAACAGCAGCAGGUUCAACCGCAGCAGCAGGUUCAUCCGCAGCAACAGGUUAAUCCGCACCCGGGGAUGAUGCAGGAGGUAGCGUUUUCUAGUUCUUUCUAUGGCUCAAGCGAGCCUGCGCCGGGUGGGCCGUGCCUGGUGGCCGACGGUGGGGGUGGUGGUCACCAUGAUGGCGCGGCCGCUGGCAGCUACAACCCUUCAUACACAUCUUCAUUUGUGUUCAGCUACCCAGAGGGAGCCUGCGGGGUCAGCGCUAACCAGAGAAACAGCAGCAGCGAGCAGUCCUCUGGCUCCCUGAACUCGCCCUCGCUGCUCGCGCUCUGACUGACCGACAGAGACACACACCACGCGCGCGCGCCCCUACGCCAAUCACUUAUAUACGGCAAAAAACAGUUGCUCAUGGUAGACGAGGUCAACAACAUGGAUGAACAUACAUUAUAUAAUGAGCCAUACAAAAAAAAUCGCACACAUUCAGACCGAGUAAACAUGACAUCAAGCAAAGUUUGACCGCAUAGCAUUUAGUGCACACCGUUGUCCUUAUGAGGAAACUAAAUAUAACUCAUCAAGUAUUUCAAGUGAAUUCAAAUUGAGUCCAAAACUCUGGGCUCUGAGUUGUCAGUCGAUCUGUGAAAACAUUCUCCGACAUCAUACCCAGGUUAAUUCACAAUGAAUCUUUCAACGUCUUGUGACGUGCACGUACAGUGCACACAGUAAAUAGAAAACAUGCUCACCUGCGAUCCCACAGGCACACUUGUCCUCCCAGUCGUUCCCUCUGUCAGUCAUUCCUUUCUCACUGCUCCUGCUCUCAUCUUCUUCACCCCUCCUCUUCAUGCUGAAUGUAUUUGUGCAAGCGGAAAUAGGGAAGAAGGACUUAGGUUUGGGUCUUCUUUUGUGAGGCCAGACUGCUGAGCUCUUGCUCUCCCCUCCUGCCUUCCUCAUCCUCUCGGUUCCUCUUGCUUCUUCGUCGUUAGUUGUGACUUGGAAAGGGGAGGGCGUCACAGCCUCCAGCUAUUUGGCUCCCUCUCUUUUUAUCCUGCCGUCUUCGUCCAUCUCUCCAUCUUUGUUUCUCUCCUCUCUGUCUCUCUCUCUCUCUGAAGUCUUCGAACCCUGAGAGCACGCCGAGCCCUUCCAGACCCUGGGACCUUGACUGAGCGCCGGCCCACCUCACACGUCCCCCUCGUCCCCCCACAUGGACACGGACGCACCCCCCCCACUGAGGAGCCCUGGAGUGUUUCGCUCAAAAUAGAGCUUUAAAAAAAAACAAAGCAACAAAACAAAACAUUGAAAAGACACAAAAUAGGAUGGACACAAAUGCAAAAGGGUUGUCACUCUUUUCAUUCUUCUCCUGAGCCAUUGUUGGAUGUUGAAACGAUGGAGAUGAAAUGAGACUUGUGUUGCGCUGGUGAGAUGAGGACGGCAGGAGAGUGAGAGAAGAGGCUUUAGCCCGAGGUAGAGGUCUAGAGGGAGAGCUGAAACUUUGGCAGAGACAACGGAUGAGCCCCCUGUACUCUUAAGCCUAAAUUGAAUUUAAAAAACGCCCCCCCCAAACAAAAAAAAUCCAGCUCUUGCCAACUGUGUGGAUGGGUUACCUCUUACUGGCAUAGUACCACCGCCAUACUGCAAAGUCUCUUCACCCUGGGCCCACACAAAUACUCAUACCGUCGCUUUCAAGCAUCUGAAUUGUCCUCCAUUCGUUACUGAUACUAUUGUGUACAUUGUUCUUCCCCCCUCCUUUAUCACCAAGUAUUCUCUGUUGUCGUUGUUAAGUCUUACCUUUGACAGAGAAAAUGUCAUGAUGAAAAGAAGAACAAAAGCAUUGAGAAAGGCAUGUCCUUUUGGUAAAGAGCUUUUUUGUCAGACAUGAGUUUAUUGGUAUCAGAUUGUGAACCAUUAUGUAUUUUUUUUUUUUUUUUAAGAUACUUUUAAAAGGAAUAUUCAACCAACCUCUGAACAUUGGGAUGAGCGGCCUCUCUUCCUCUCCUAGUGGGAGGUGCAUUUAUUGUGAGUGUAUCCCACUCUGAGCCACUUGGCCCGCUUAUUUCUUUCUUUUGAUUUGAGGUUGACACGAUGUUAGAGCACAAUACAGAGUCCGGACACACAGAGGAGACGAGAGGAGGGGGUGUUUAUGAGUAUGUGUUCUUCAUUUGCCUGUGAAUUUGUUCCUUUUCAUUUUCAAGUGACAUUUGUUAUGUUUUAUGUAUAAAAACAAAAUCAUGUUUGGCUUUGUCCUCCGCUCUUACCUGUGUUGCCGAUGCCGGAAGUUUUUGUUCUUUCAGGGGAGGUUUCCCCCUUAAUGUUACUAUUAUUAUUGCAUUGUGUUGUUAUUUGUAUUAUGUUUGGCAACUUCAGAGGCAUGUGCACUAAUCAUAAAAUGUUAUAUGUGUCAAAAGUAUACUUAAAAGCAUACGCAUAUACAUACAGAAGAUAUGUAUAUUGAAGUGUAUGUACAAUGAUUGUAAAGUAUGAAUGUUUGAAAAUAUAAAAAUGGGAUAUUUUUGUCAAUGAAGAAACAGAGGUGGUUUUUGAGGCUGGUUUUAAAAUGGAUAUUUUUCUAAAAGAACAAACAAUUAUAAUAAAUGACCGUACUUAACCAUUCCCUCAAUAUGACGCACAUUAUCACUGCCUGUGCUCAUAUGUUUUAUAUAUAAAGCACAUUAUUCAGGAUAACUAUAUCUAACACGUGAUACUGCAUGUACUGCGGCUCGUCAGUAUGAUGAGAUUAUUGAGGUGGUACUAUUGCCUUUUUGCUUUCACAUCUGCCUGUUUGUUUUCCUCUGCGAGGUCAGUCCCAAUGCCUACACCACCAAAGCUUAAUGCCACCACUUAGUCCCCUUCGGACCCAAAAUGAGGAAACUUAAUAUGAAUUGAAUGUCAAAAUACAUAUUAAAGUAUUAAUGAUGCAAAUCAUUUUUAAUUGAAUGUUUUUGUUGAGAAGUCUGUUAGAGUCUAGUGUGCAUUCUUGUUCAAUAAAGUAGUUAUCAUGCGAUUCAAAUCGACAGACAUUUCUGGAGAGCUUUUUGAGAGUUGCUCUCUUUAAAAUAUUCACCUCCAUAGUAGUUAUUGUUGAAAUAUCAAUGGAGGUGUGAUAGAGAAAAAAAAAUAUGUUUGGCUUAUCAUUAGACGGGCUAAAGUCUUCAAAAGAGGGCCCCUCCAAAAUAACUAACGUGCCAGGCUUCAACUGGUAAGACAAGGGACAGGCCUCGUAUGCCCUUUUUGAAUGGCGAACGUCAUUGCCUUUUCAUUUCCUUCCAUGAACCUACCAUGGCAUUGUUGAUGAUGUGUGAAAGGGUUUUUAUGCUGAUAGAUGGCACGUGAAUGGAACGGUUUUGUGCCGCUACCUGUAGUACAUCAGAUGAACUUAGAAACUGUACCGCAAGCCUUCAUUCACAUAGCCCUGUACAUCCUGUUCUGGCAGGGUCACUUACAACAAGUCUUAUCAGUGAUAAGGUCCAUGGGUCCUAUUCCAUCAACAGCAGCUCACAGAGUCUCCAGAGUUGGACAAAAACAACAAUGCCGUGGUUCUUUCACUGAACGAGAGCAUGCUUUGAAUAUUCAUGCCGACGAUAUUCUUCUUAUUUCACACCCUAAACAGGUGUCGCAUUGAUUUCUUGAAUCCCAACCGUGCAUUCUCUCAGAGAACGUUAUGUCAUUUUUGUCUGAGCCUGGAAACCCGGUUAGGAAGAAGAAUACGCACUUAUGUCAGCACUGGACAGAUCAGGAAAUGAGGUCCAGUUCACAUAAGACUCGUUUUCUAAUCUGUACCAUCUAAGGUCUCCGUUAUAUAGACCCCACACACACACAGACAGAGAGAGUGUCUGUCCGCACUGCAGAUGCUUGCUCACUGUCAAACCCCCCCUUCUCUUCUACCCUUCUCUCAUCUCCGGAAAUGGCAUUUUCUGCAGUGUCCAGGCUGGUGGCCAAUACUGCCUUCACACCACCUCCCUCGUGUGAUUUGUUUAUUCACACCGUCACUGGAGGCCUACAGACAGAGGCAGAGAGAGACCGAAAGGUAAAGACGAGACAUAGAGAGAGGAGGAUGAGGGAGAGAACUGAGAGGAUUAAGUCAUUUUGGACGUUCCUUUCCUAACAAUCCAAGUAGAGAUGGGCCAUGGACACGUAGAAAUUAUGACAUAAACUCAGUAACUUUGUCGCAUCAGUGAACCUGCCUUCAUACAAAUACCUGAUAUAAGACUGACUGGAACAGACAAGAGGUCUUUGACCAUUUUUGUGAACGACAAACGAUUUGUUUUCCCCAUGGGUUGCAAACGUACGAUGUUAUGUACUGAAAUGGAGACUCUUGAGAUGCAGUCAUAUCGCCGGAGGUAGACAUGUAGCAAAUCAUCUGAAGAACUUCAUUUACGCAGUGCCAGAAGUCUUCUGGCACUCUCUUUCUGCUACGCUAUGUGUCCAGUGUGACCAUGUAUUGCUGUGAUUUUCAACCCUUGUUAUAAACUGUACCGCAAGCUUUCAUUCACAUAGCCCUGUAUCUAUGUUUGGGCCAAGAGGUCUUGACCUAAUUGAGUGGAGGUUGAGGGGUGGACCUUGAUUAUAAAUAUAUGAAUCUUAAAGAAAUAUUUCAAAACACUCCAUUUCUUAGCAUUUUCCUUUGAUGCCUUAUUUCUGUCAUUUCCUUCAAUAGAACCUUCGUCUUUUCCUCGAAUGCCUUCUCUUGAAAAAAAAUAAUAAUCAGACUGUAUAUGUAAACAUAUGUUUGUCUUUUUCUGUGAAGCAACGGUUGCAUUGUUGUGAUCAGGCAGUGACCAAUGAAAAUGGACUCAGAAAUGUAUACUCGAGACAUUGAGACCAUUUGUAACAGCUGAGGCCCUAAACUAAAUGGGUUUUAUUGGAGGAUAUUGAGAGGGUGCUGCAUCAGUGGUACAAACACUUUUACUCAACUGAUCGAUAUAAUGAUGGUGCUUUGAUAACUACACACUUGUCCUUGUCCAAUGCAUAAAAUAAGUAUAAUAAUUGAUGAAAUGUAAUACUCAAUAGCCUUCUCUUGCUUCUGUUUCUGAAUGAAUCAAUUUAACCUCUGAUUAUAUUAUACAGUACUGUCGAUCUUUUUCAAAUGGACCAGAUGUUAUGACAGUCCACCGGUCAUAUUUCUUUCUCUCGCUCUCCCUUUUUCUCUCUCUCUCUAUGUCCACCCCAUUCUAACUCCUUUCCUCCAUUCUCUCUUAUUUUACUUGAGGGGGGGGGGGCUUUACUCAUCGUUGUUGUUGAUAGACUGUGAAAGCUGAGGGAACGAUCCCCUCCAUAACUGUUUAUAUUACGUUCCAAAUCUUUAUUGUCGAAAAUGGCAUUCAAUAAACAGCAACAUAUUGUUAAGGUUA